CUCCUUGUUCCAGUGCUGCUGCUCUUCCCUUCCGUUCUUUCACUUUAUUCGGCUCGAGGCUAGGGAAGAGCGAGCUCGUUGGCUAAACCCACCCAAUUUACACUUUAUUUGUUCGCUUGCUCAGCCAUAAUGCGCUACGGUCUCGCUUUCCCGCUUUCGCUACUCGCUUACCUGUCCUUCGCCGACGCGCAGUCGACCUCUUCUUCUACAUCGUCACGGUCGAUUUCGACGACCGGGACAGCCUCUAGCUUGAGCUCGACGGUUUCAGGAGCGUCUAAUGCGUCCAGUUUGACCUCCGCAUCGUCGACUACGACUUCCUAUCCCAGCCUGAGCACGGUCUCCUCAUGCGUAUCCCAAUGCUUCGCCGUCGCUUCUGCCGCCGCCAACUGUAGCAGCAUCAUUGAAGUCAACUGCUACUGCAACGCGACCAAUAUCGCCCGGUUCGAGACAUCCAUGUACAGCUGCAUCUCCACGCAGUGCUCCUCCACGGACCUACUCGUUGGCGAGAACAUAUCCCAGCAGUUCUGCAACCUCGCAAGCUCGAGCGCGAGCCUGACGUGGCCCGCGACGACCACCAGCGCAUCUCAGACCAGUAGCGGGAGCAGGUCCAGCUCGACGGCGCCGCCCUCGUCAUCGAGCUCGAGCUCAAGCGCACCGACGAGCAGUGCGUCGGGGAAUGCUGCGGCAGGUGGCAGAGGACUGGGUUAUGGGGGCGGGGUGACGUUAGGAUUGGUUGUAGGAGGUGUGGGUGCGCUGCUUGGGGCAACUUUAGUCUAGGCGAUUCAGCCGAGAGGGGAUGGACUUUUCGUCAGGGAUACUAUGGAUGAGGGGCGUUGGGCAAAGGACUUUAACCUACGAUGACACCCAGGACAGCUCCUGGAGGUACGCGCACAUUCGAGCAUGUAUGUUAUGGGCUCUGAUCCUACCGGCUACGAUGCAUUCACGCUCUUUCAAGUUUGUAUCAUCCGAUGACCACCGGUCUUGCUUCACGUUGGUCUGGAUGUGCUUAUUCGAUGCAUAAGUAUACCCGAUACCGUUGCUUGUACAUCUCCCUUGACUCCGUCACUCAGUCAUACAAACGAAAGUAAGUUUCCCUCAUUC